AUGGUCGUUAAAGGACCCAACCCAGCUCUCUUUGCAGGUGUCGCCCUUCUCUCUUUCGGUGCUUUCUAUUUCCUCGUAAAUCAUCGCGCAGUAACCGCACCAGCUUCUGCACGUCCUCGUCCCAACGACCACCCUCUUGUCCCUCCCAUUCAUAGCGAAGAGGCAGACAAGCCCAACCCUAGAACAAUCUAG